AUGGUGUCGGGCAAGAGCGGCUUCGAAGAGCCUGUGAAGCUGGACCUGCCAGCCGACGAUCGGACGUCUGUGCUCUUGCUUUCAGGAGCAUGGGCUGCCGCCUUUGCGAUCUUUGCAUCCAAUGUGGCCACACUGACGCUGGCAGUGGCCCCUACCGCCCCCAAAACUGAGUUGGAGACACUCCCCCUGGGCCUGGCGCUGGUGAUGCAAGGUGUGGGCACCGUAGCACUUCCGACAAAAGUGCGCUACCUCGGUCGCAAGUACAUGUACAUAAUGGGAGCCGCGAUUGGGCUGGUCAGUUGCGGCGCGCUUGCAUUGGGCUGCUGGCUGCUUGAUUUCAACCUGCAAUGCCUGGGCGCCGCUCUCAUGGGGUACAGCUUCGCGCAUGCGGCCAACUACCGCUUCGGAGCUAUCCAAGCAAUGCCUUCGAAUCCACCGCGGGCUAUUAGCUUGGUGCUCUUCGGCGGCGUGGUCGGGGCACUGCUGGGCCCCGGAGCUAUCUCUCAGGCACAUGACUUGCUACCUGUGCCGUUCUUGGGAGUCUACUUGUGCGGUGGAAUUCUCAACCUAUUUGGGCUGCUCAUGCUGGGCUUUGUGAAGCUUCCUGAGACCUCUCAGCCCAAAACUGCGGCUGGUCAGCGGUACUUGUCGCAGAUAGUGCUCCAGCCACUCUGCGGUGCAGCUAUAGUUGCGGUGGUGUCCUCAUAUAGCAUGAUGCUGAUACUGAUGGCUCCCACUCCGGCUGUCAUGAAGAACUACUAUUCGCAUUCUUUCACAGCAUCCACUUUGACAAUGACAGGGCACAUGUUCUGCAUGUUCGCGCCAUCGCCCCUUACUGGGAAAGCCAUUGCGCGAGUGGGGACGGUGCCAGUAAUUUUCGCCGGGCUGCUGUGUGCUGCCAUGACUUCGACUGUGCUUUAUCUUGGCACUGAGCUCCUGUUCUUUGUGUUCGGCAUGAUCCUUCUCGGCUUCGCCUGGAACUUUAUGUACGUUGGGGGCUCGGCGCUGCUUACGAAGAUGCACUCCCCGGCUGAGGGCCCUAAGCUGCAGGCGAUGACAGACUGUGCCGUCAACCUUGGGGCGGCCACCUUCACCCUCCUUUCCAUGCCCAUCGUGUCCAGUAUAGGCUGGAUCCCGACCCAGCUGUUGCAUCUGGGAAUGACCUCCGCAACUGCACUUCUCGUCGGCGCCCUCUGGGUGCUUGACAGGCGGCGCAAGGCCGCCUCAUCUCAUCUGCCCCAGGCACAGCAUGCUUCUUGUACAGAUUGA